CAUUUAUAUAGUCGCUUCAUUGCCUCCGCUCCGUCGCUAAGAGGGAGCAGCAACAUGCGAUCCCGAUGACUGUCAGGGACCGACUCUCACCCAAUUUACACUGUAAAAGGUUGACCAUUUCUUGACAGGCACGCAUCGCAUACACUCUCGUUCAGGCACCGCUCCCUAAGCCCAAGAGUCGUCAUCAUCCACCAUGGACCCAAGCAGCUCGUCGAAAGACAAUGCUAACCCGAUUAUCCACUCUCCACUCAAGACUAACAACCUCCGCCCCAAUGCUGCCGGUGCACUCGGCGACGAUACCGAGUGGUGGCGCGAUGACGGCAUGAUCGCUGCCUCGGGUGCAGGGACAGGGACGGGUUUCAGGGAGGAGGAAGAGUGGCACAGAUUGCUCGCUGGUGGCGCUGCGGCUGGCGAGGCGGUAGAAGGACCGUCGAGAGAGCAAGACAAUGGCAGUGCCCCUCAUUCGUAUGGAGGUGUUGAUCCUGCAGCAGCAUCAUCAGGGUCAGGUCCAGGGUCAAGGUUAGGCUCUGGGUUAGGAUCAGAGUCACCGCCACAGUGGGAGGGCGCAAGUACAGCUGCUACGACCCCGAAGAUUUCAUCCCUUCCAUCAGAUGAGCGGGCUAUCGAGGAGAUCGAUCAGCAGGAAGUCUUUGACCUCGUCCGCUCGGUAUCGGAUCCAGAACAUCCUUUAACGCUGGAGCAGCUCGCUGUCGUGAAUCCGAACCACAUCACAAUCACCAAGGCCAACGGCUUCCCGCACAUCCUGCUCGAAUUCACCCCAACCAUCCCGCACUGCUCGAUGUCGACGCUGAUCGGCCUGUCGUUGCGCGUGCGUCUGAUGCGCAGCCUGCCGACUCACUACAAGCUUGAUAUUCGUGUCCGGCCUGGCUCGCACCAGAGCGAGCGGAGCGUCAACAAGCAGCUGAACGACAAGGAGCGCGUCGCGGCUGCACUGGAGAACCAGCACCUCCUCGAGGUCGUCAUGCAGGCGCUCAGCACGGCAUACAAGCGUGGGCGCACCGCUGGAUCCGGCGAUGGCGCUUUGGGAGACGCAGAAGCAGACAUUAUGGCGGACCUGGGCCUUGCGAAGGAUGGCGCGAUGGAGCAGGUGGAGAUGCUGGCCAGGCAGCUCGGCGUGACUGUAUGAGCGCAUUCGCUGGCUCAAUUCUUGUUGUACUCAAACAAAUUGCCCGUCGAGCACCUCCCAGCUUCCACGUCUCGAGAACCAAGACGCUACCAACCGCUCUCGAACGCGAUCCUGUGUAUGUGUGGCUCCAAGGCCCGACCUUGUUCGCUUCAUUGCAGUUCACUCUUCCAAGUAUGGAGCAACUAUGUAAAAAGUAAGAGAACUUUGGACAUGCGCCCUG